CGCAACGUCCCCAGUUGACUUACAGGCGUUCACGAUGUCGUUUAAAGAGAAGGAAGAGUCUGCGUCGGCUGCCGUGUCUGAGUCGAAUGUUCGCCCCGAGAAACACGCCGCCGACAAUGCCCUCCUCGCCGAGCUCGGGUACAAGAGCGAGUUCAAGCGCGAGUUCUCGCUCAUCGAAACCGUCGCCUUCGCGUUCUCCAUCAUGGGCGUCGUCGCCUCCGUCUCUUCUACACUGUCCUUCGGCCUCGUCAGCGGCGGCCACGUCGGUUGGGUCUUCGGCUGGCUCAUCCCUUGCCUCUUCGUCGUCCCUAUCGCCCUCUGCCUCGCUGAAUUGACCUCCUCCAUGCCCACCUCUGCCGGCCUCUACUACUUCUCCGCCAAGCUCGCGCCCGCCAAACACGCAGCCUUGGCGUCCUGGAUCACAGGAUGGGCGAACAUCACCGGCCAGGUCGCGCUUAUCUGCUCCAUCGACUUUACGUGCGCGCAGAUGAUCACGACGGCGAUCUCGGUGAGCUCGGAUGGGGAGACGAACCUGUCGAACGCAGCGACGUAUGGAAUUUUGUGGGUGAUCUUGUUGUCGCAUGGCCUUGUAUGCUCCUCGGCGACGUCCAUCCUCGCGCGCCUCAACUUGGCAUACGUGCUGAUCAACAUUGGCACUACUGUGGCCGCCAUCGUGGCGCUGCUGGUUGCCUCUGGUGAUAACAAGGUCUCUACUCGCGAUGCGUUCACGCUUUUUGAGAAUAACACCGGCUGGGCCAACAACGGCUGGGCUUUCCUGCUCUCCUUCACCGCGCCGAUGUGGACUCUGACCGGAUACGACUCCGCCGCACACAUAUCCGAGGAAAUCGCUGGCGCUGCCUGGGCUGCGCCCAUCGCUAUUCUUGUCGGCGUCGGUGGGACGGCUGCCCUUGGGUGGUUGCUCCUCAUCGCUACGUCCUUCGCUGUCGUGUCCAUCCCUGCGCUGCUCGAGAGUGAGCUGCCGUUGCCCAUGGGUCAGGUCUUCCUGGACGUCUUGGGGAAGAAGGGAAUGCUGGCUAUUUGGUCGUUCAUCAUCGUUGUUCAGUACGUGACUGGCGCGGCGCAAGUUGUCGACGCAUCGCGGACGGUGUUCGCGUUCUCGAGGGACUACGCCCUUCCCGGCUCGCGCUGGUGGCGUCAAGUCAACAAGACGACGAGCACGCCCGUUAACGCCGUGUGGCUCUCCGUCAUCCUCUCUGGCCUCAUCGGUCUCGUGGGCUUCUCCGCCGCCGCCCUCUCGUCCAUGGCUGGCGCCGCCGUUAUUGGCCUCUACACCAGUUAUGCCACGCCUAUCUUCAUGCGCAUCACCUCUGGGCGCAGCAAGUUCUCGCCAGGGCCCUUCAGCCUGGGACGAUGGGCUGUGCCUGUGGGGACCGUGGCGGUUGCGUGGGUUGCCUUCAUCGUCGUGCUGCUGCUGUUCCCAAGCGGCUCGACAGUGACAAGCGAGGAUAUGAACUACGCGGUAGUCCUCAUCAUGGCGGUCUUCAUCUUUGCUUCGUUGUCCUGGGUACUUUCGGCGCGGAAGUGGUUCCGGGGACCCGUGCGAACGGUUGAGGUUGAGGAGAAGUAGAUGGUGACUCGUGCGCCCUGCGAUCUGGCUGUAUUUCCUCUCUCAUCUUUUGUAGACCGACUUUGUAAUUGAGUAUCUGUUGUGUAAUGAAGACUGACUGCGUUCGAAUGUAG